AUGGCUAAAUUGUUAACUUUACCGCCAAUACCUAUUCUACGACGUUUUCCUUUGUAUCUUCAUCCGUAUCGAAGAAAAAGGCGCCACCGUUGCCCACACAAUGAUGUCCCGGAGCCAUUGUUCGAUGUGGAGCAUACUACGAGCGUGGUUUCCGCGUACAAACAGGAUUAUGACGAGAAACAUGUCAGUCGAACAACAGCCGUUCAUCACGAAGAUCAUUUAUAUCUUGAAGGUGAUUUUCAAGAGCCGGAACGUCCUCAAUGGCAGCCCAUCGAACGGCGUAAGCCAACAAAGCCAGAAGACAACUUGAAACCUGAGGGUGAAUUUUCUACACCUGAAAAGGAACAAUGGAGGCCUGCAGAACGACAACGCCCUACAAAGCCAGAAGACAAUUUACGGCCUGAAGGUGAUUUCGAAAAACGUAAGCCAGAUGAGUGGUAUCCAGGAGAUCGUGCUCCAGUUAAACGUCCUGAAGACAAUCUGAGACCAGAAGGAGAGUUUGAAAAGAGAAAGCCACACGAAUGGCAGCCUGGUGACAGAGCACCAAUACGUCGACCACAAGAUAAUUUAAAGACGGAAGGUGAUUUUGAAGAUAGACAACCUGAAAAAUGGCAACCUGGAGAUAGAGCUCCAAUGAAACGACCUGAAGAUAAUUUAAAACCGGAAGGUGAUUUCGAGAAGAGACGGCCAGAAGAAUGGCGACCAGGAGACAGGGCUCCAACACGUCGUCCUGAAGAUAAUCUGAGACCUGAAGGUGACUUCACAACACCUGAGAAAGAAUCUUGGCGGCCAGCUGAACGUCAGAAACCCAAAAAACCCGAGGACAAUUUAUUCCCAGAGGGUGAAUUUGAAGGUAGAAAGCCAGAGGUAUGGAGACCAGGUGAUAGAGCUCCAGUCAAGAGGCCAGAAGAUAAUUUGAAGCCGGAAGGUGAUUUUGAAAAAAGACACCCUGAUAAAUGGAGUCCUGGAGAUCGAGCUCCAACGCGUCGUCCGGAAGAUAACCUUCGACCUGAAGGUGAAUUCACUACACCUGAAAAAGAGUCAUGGCGUCCGGCUGAGCGUCCAAAACCUAUAAGGCCAGAAGACAAUUUAUACCCGGAGGGAGAAUUUGAAAAGCGUAAACCUGAAGAUUGGCGUCCUGGAGAAAGGGCUCCAGUAAAGCGGCCCGAAGAUAACUUAAAACCAGAAGGAGAUUUUGAGAAUAGAAAACCUGAAAAAUGGCAACCUGGAGAUAGAGCUCCAAUGAAACGACCUGAAGAUAAUUUAAAACCGGAAGGUGAUUUCGAGAAGAGACAACCUGAAAAAUGGAGUCCUGGAGAUAGAGCUCCUAUGCGUCGUCCAGAAGACAACCUAAGACCAGAAGGCGAGUUCACCUCACCUGAAAAGGAACCUUGGCGCCCAGCAGAACGUCAAAAACCUAAAAAGCCAGAAGAUAAUUUGUUCCCUGAGGGAGAAUUUGAAAAGCGUGAACCUGAAGAUUGGCGUCCUGGAGACAGGGCUCCAGUGAGACGGCCUAAAGAUAAUUUAAAGCCAGAAGGCGACUUCGAGGAUAGAAAACCAGAGAAAUGGCAACCCGGAGACAGAGCUCCAAUUAAACGCCCUGAAGAUAAUUUAAAACCUGAAGGUGAAUUCGAGAAGAGGCGGCCUGAAGAAUGGCGCCCCGGUGACAGAGCUCCAACUCGUAGACCUGAAGAUAAUCUAAGACCAGAAGGAGACUUUACAACGCCAGAAAAAGAACUUUGGCGACCAGCAGAACGUCAGAAACCCAAAAAACCCGAAGACAAUUUAUUCCCAGAGGGUGAAUUUGAAGGUAGAAAGCCAGAAGAGUGGAAACCAGGUGAUAGAGCUCCAGUCAAGAGGCCAGAAGACAACUUGAAACCUGAAGGCGAUUUCGAAAAAAGGCGCCCUGAAAAAUGGAGUCCCGGUGAUCGAGCUCCUACACGUCGUCCGGAAGACAAUCUCAGACCAGAAGGUAAAUUCACUACACCCGAAAAAGAAGUUUGGCGUCCGGCUGAGCGCCAAAAACCUACAAAGCCCGAAGACAACUUGCAUCCAGAGGGAGAAUUCGAAAAACGUAGACCUGAUGAAUGGCAACCAGCUGAUCGACCUAAACAAAAGAAACCCGAAGAUAACUUAAGGCCCGAGGGUGAAUUUACUACACCUAUAAAAGAAAAAUGGCAACCAGCGGAACGGCAGCUGCCUAAAAAACCAGAAGAUAAUCUAAAACCAGAAGGAGACUUCGAAAACAGGAAGCCUGAAGAAUGGCGUCCAGCCGAUCGUCCUCAUCAAAAAAAACCAGAGGAUAACCUUAAACCGGAAGGGGAAUUUACUUCACCUGAAAAAGAAAAAUGGCAACCAGCAGAGAGGCCACAGCAGAAGAGACCAGUUGACAAUUUAAAACCCGAGGGUGAUUUUACAACUGAGCGUUCAAUAACAGAUGAUUUCAAAGUCGUUACCGGUGAAAGGGCUAAAAUUAUUAAGCGCACUGAUAAUAUUAUUACUGAAGGAGAAUUCACAGAUACCACAACUUCUCGCAGCGAAUACUCAAUAAAGCCACUAGAAAAACUAAAACCUGUACGUAGAAAUACAUGGACUAAGUUAGAAGGAGACAUGACAACAGAAACAACUUCACAGUCAGAAUACAUUGAUUUUACAGAUUCUGUAGAGAGAACAACUCUAGUAACGAAAAGAACAGAUAACUUAAUUCAUGAAGGUGAAAUAGACUUCGUUACAUCAAAUCAAACAGAUUAUACAGAAAAAAAUACUGUAGUAACACGACCCCAAAGGCGACGCACGUGGACGAAAGAAGAUUUAGAAAAAUUCUAUUCAACUCAAAAUACAGAGACAACAACUACAACUACACAAGAAGAAUAUAAGAUUCGUGAUGAACGAUGGCAUGAACGGCAACAACCUAAAAAACCUAAAGAUAAUCUUGUCCCAGAAGGUGAAUUUUCAACCCCAGUAAAGGAAGACUGGCAACCAGCAGAACGAGUUAAACCCAAAAAGCCUACUGAUAAUCUGUUUCCAGAAGGCGAAUUCACUACUCCCCAAAAAGAACAUUGGCACCCAGCAGAGCGACCAAUACAAAAGAAACCUAAAGAUAAUCUUAAACCAGAGGGAGAAUUCCAACAGCCACAGCAAGAGGAAUGGCGGCCUGCUGAGAAACAAAUACUUAAAAGACCACAAGAUAACCUUAAACCUGAAGGUGAUUUCGAAACACCGAAACGAGAAGAAUGGCGUCCAUCGGAAAGACCAAAAGCUAACAAACCUGAAGACAAUUUAAAAAUAGAAGGUGACUUCACAACACCUGAGAAGACUAGAUGGACUCCCGCUGAACGACCUGUGCAAAAGAGACCUCAAGAUAACUUAAAGCCUGAGGGUGAAUUUGCUCAACCCGUUCACGAAGAAUGGAAACCAGCAGAAAAGCGUAUUCAAACUAAACCAAAAGAUAAUCUUAAGCCAGAGGGUGAAUUUGAAAAACCUAAGACCGAUGAGUGGCGUCCCGUAGAACGAGCUCUGCCUACAAAGCCAGAUGACAAUUUACGACUUGAAGGUGAAUUUGAAAAACGCAAACCUGAUAAAUGGAGUCCUGGUGAAAGAGCACAGGUACAAAGACCCUCUGAUAACUUAAAACCGGAAGGUGAGUUUACGACUCCUGAAAAGACACAAUGGCGACCGGCAGAACGACCCGUACAAACUCGGCCAAAAGAUAAUUUAAAACCAGAGGGUCAUUUUGAGCAACCAAAGGUAGACGAAUGGAAGCCUGCCGAUAGACAAACUCCUAUAAAACCCAAGGAUAAUCUUAAACCUGAAGGAGAUUUCAAGCGACCCGAAAAAGAAGAUUGGAAACCAGCUGAAAGGCCGGUCCAAAUAAAACCACAAGAUAACCUAAAGCCGGAAGGAGAUUUCGAAGUACCAACACAAAAAGAAUGGCGGCCAGCUGAACGCCCAUCGGCUACAAAACCAAAAGAUAAUUUAAAACCAGAGGGUGACUUCGAAAAACCAAAAGAAGAUAAGUGGAGGCCUGCUGAACGUCAAACUCCAAAGAAACCACAAGAUAACCUUAGACCAGAAGGAGAUUUCGAAGUACCAACACAAAAAGAAUGGCGGCCAGCUGAACGUCCCUCGCCAUCAAAACCAAAAGAUAAUUUAAAACCAGAGGGUGACUUCGAAAAACCAAAAGAAGAUAAGUGGAGACCUGCUGAACGCCAAACUCCAAAGAAACCACAAGAUAACCUGUGGCCGGAAGGAGAUUUCGAAGUACCAACACAAAAAGAAUGGCGGCCAGCUGAUCGUCCCUCGCCAUUAAAACCAAAAGAUAAUUUAAAACCAGAGGGUGACUUCGAAAAACCAAAAGAAGAUAAGUGGAGACCUGCUGAACGCCAAACUCCAAAGAAACCACAAGAUAACCUGUGGCCGGAAGGAGAUUUCGAAGUACCAACACAAAAAGAAUGGCGGCCAGCUGAACGUCCCUCGCCAUCAAAACCAAAAGAUAAUUUAAAACCAGAGGGUGACUUCGAAAAACCAAAAGAAGAUAAGUGGAGACCUGCUGAACGCCAAACUCCAAAGAAACCACAAGAUAACCUAUGGCCGGAAGGAGAUUUCGAAGUACCUACACAAAAAGAAUGGCGGCCAGCUGAACGUCCCUCGCCAUCAAAACCAAAAGAUAAUUUAAAACCAGAGGGUGACUUCGAAAAACCAAAAGAAGAUAAGUGGAGACCUGCUGAACGCCAAACUCCAAAGAAACCACAAGAUAACCUGUGGCCGGAAGGAGAUUUCGAAGUACCAACACAAAAAGAAUGGCAGCCAGCUGAACGUCAAUCGCCAACAAAACCAAAAGAUAACUUAAAACUAGAGGGUGACUUCGAAAAACCAAAAGAAGACAAGUGGAGGCCUGCUGAACGCCAAACUCCAAAGAAACCACAAGAUAACCUAAGGCCGGAAGGAGAUUUCGAAGUACCAACACAAAAAGAAUGGCGGCCAGCUGAACGUCAAUCGCCAACAAAACCAAAAGAUAAUUUGAAACCAGAGGGUGACUUCGAAAAACCAAAAGAAGACAAGUGGAGGCCUGCUGAACGCCAAACUCCAAAGAAACCACAAGAUAACCUUAGGCCGGAAGGAGAUUUCGAAGUACCAACACAAAAAGAAUGGCGGCCAGCUGAACGUCCCUCGCCAUCAAAACCAAAAGAUAAUUUAAAACCAGAGGGUGACUUCGAAAAACCAAAAGAAGAUAAGUGGAGACCUGCUGAACGCCAAACUCCAAAGAAACCACAAGAUAACCUUAGGCCAGAGGGUCACUUUGAGACACCUACUAGAGAACAGUGGAGACCAGCAGAAAAGCCUGAAAUAAUAAAACCAAAAGACAAUCUAAAAACAGAAGGUGAAUUUGAAAAGCCAAAACAUGAUGAAUGGAAACCAGCUGAACGUCAAAAGCCAAAGAAACCACAGGAUAAUUUAAAACCAGAAGGCGAAUUUGAAAAACCGACGACAGAAAAAUGGCAGCCAGGUGAGAGACAGACACCUAAAAAACCUCAAGAUAACCUGAAGCCUGAAGGUAAAUUUGAACGUCCUGAUAAACCCAAGGCUGCACCAAUUGGCGAGCGACCUGUUCAAAAGAAACCCGAGGAUAAUCUUAAACCAGAAGGUAAUAUGGAAGUUAUACGGCGAACUGACUAUACAGCUACCAGAGGUGAUCGUGUCGACGUUGUGAAGCAUGAAGAUCAUCUUAAAAUGGAAGGUAAAAUGGACAUGCACCGAAGAGAUGACUAUAAACGCAUAGAAAAAACUGAGAAAAUCGUUAUUCAAAAACAUGAAGAUAACUUGCGUACAGAAGGUGAAUUUAUUGAUUUGCAUAUUCGAAAUGAUUACAAUGCUACGAAAGGAGAUAGAGCACCUGUUGUAAAGCCACAGGAUAAUUUGAAACCUGAUGGAAAAUUCUACAAGCCUGAAAUUAUUCCUUCCCAACCAGCUGAAAAAAGAAAACCAUUUAAACAUGUUGAUAAUCUUAAAAUUGAACAUGAUCUAGAUUUACGUCAGAAAGUUGACAGAGUUGACAUUAUAAGAAGAGAAGACAAUUUAAGAAUUGAAGGCGAAUUUAUAGAUAUGAAACAAAAGAAUGAUUACCAAGUAGUUACUGGUGAAAGGUCAGCGAUAGUGAAACAUGAAGAUAAUUUGAAAAUGGAAGGCAAAAUGGAAAAUAUACGCUCUUCAGAUACUUAUCGUCUCGUAAAAGGGCAAAAAGUUAAAUUAACGCGCCGGGAAGAUAACUUGAAAAUUGAAGGAGUUUUUGAAGAUCUUUCACGAAAAAAUGACUAUAAUAUAAUUAAAAGUAGUAAACCAGUGAUUAAGAGCAUUGAGAAUGAACCACAUAAUGGUGAACCAAGACAACUCACAAAAAUAGACCAGACAAAUGUAGAACACAGAAACACACAUGUUACCUCAGAAAAUAAAACUUCGAUUCAAAGAAUUGACACUGAUGAUCAGCAAAACUAUACUUAUCGACACAGUCAGGGAGGUCCCGGGGCACCACACCAUAAACCUGAUGAGCGACCUGGUUCACAGUCCAGACAUCCUUCCUCUCCAAAGCAUCAGGAAAAUCCAUCUGAACCGUACUCGCAAAAGCCGUCUGAUAGAAUGAAACCUGUGGAAGAUCAAACCGACAAAUCAAAGUGGAAGCCAACUGAUUUUUCAACACCAAUUGGUAAAACAGGUAAACCAACAUAUAAAUCUCCUACAGAACCUGACCGCGAAAGCCCUAAUAGACAAGAUCGGCAUUCCCAUGAAAGACAAGUCGUUGAUUCAGAUACAACUCACAACACAAGGGUAAAUCAAAGUGAUACACAUAUUCACACUAGCAAGGUGACGGAAUCUAGGCUUCAUACUGAAAAUCAUAAUCAUUCUAAUCGUAUACAUAGGAAUGAAAUAGAUGUAAACAGAACUCAACACAAUCAUCUACAGAAUGUGCAACAAGAAAAUAAUUUCCAGCAGCAUCAACGUAAUGAAAAUCACAAUCAAUACGCUCAGCAUCAUCACGGAGCUACGACAAAACAAGUUAUGCAUUCACACGUCGAUAACUCUACUUACCGUUCAGAAGACGUAAAGCAUUCUAAAGUGUUGAGUCAAGAUGACAGGAAUAUUAGACACGGUAGUGUUGAUCGCAUGUCGUCGACGAGUUCAGUCGAUCAAAAUAAAUUAAAUCGUACUUCAGGUUCAAUACCUAAACAGAAUGACAAAAAUAUAAUUAAUAAGAGCGAUUCUAGAUCAACCAAAAAUACGUCAACAUCUUCAACCUCUACGAAAACAAUGAAACAAGUAACCGAAAAGAAAUUAAGAGGGGGUAAAUGGGUAAAUGUAACUAAGAUGGUUGAAGUAAAUAAUAUUACUGCUGAUACGGAAAAAUCACAUCCCAUACAUUCUGAACCUCACCAGGUGCCUGGUUUAAAAACAGGUAUAAGCGGAAAUACAGGUAGGGUGAUUUCGACGGAACAAAGUAAUUCUUCGUCAAAUCAAUUCCAUUCUUCACAGAAGAAUCAAUAUAAUCGCAAUCAUAGCGAUGUAUUAAAUACAACAUACUCUGUAAAAGGCACGACUGAAUCUGACAAUAUCCGACAUCAAAGGCAAAAUGAUAACAGCCAGCAACAACAUGAGAAUAUUUCGUCAUCCAAACAAGUUUCUAGCUCUACGAAACAAAUUAAAUCGACACAUAUCAGCGACAACAGUUCUCAGAUCUCUCAAACAUCUCGGAGCGUUUCAGAUAUACGUAGUGGAGAUCAAAUCCUUGGAAAGCACUUAAUACAUGACAAAAGUGACACUACAAGGAUUAUCAAUAAUCGUGGUGGCUCUGGUGACCAACACGACCAUCAAACAUCAUCAAUACAUGAUAAUAGUGACACUACAAGGAUUAUCAAUAAUCGUGGAGGAUCUCGUCACCAACACGACCAUCAAACAUCAUCGAUACAUGAUAAAAGUGGCACUACAAGAAUUAUCAAUAAUCGUGGAGGCUCUGAUAACCAACACGACAAUCAAACAACCAUACGAAAGGGUGCAGAUGUUUCAAAUAUUUCCACUGUAAGCCACGAACAUAACACAAAACAUACUCACGUUUCCAAUCAAAACCAUACAGUAAACAGAAAUCAGUUAAGCGACAGUGUAACUAAAACUAGCGUUGAGUUUCAAAGAGCUAUGCAUGGUGGGGACAAUUCUCUUUCCCAACAAGAUCACUCCAACCGAAGUGGAUAUCAUAAGCGUACUUCCGACUUUAUAUCCGAUGCCAAUUCCAGUAACGCUGUUCUUCAUCGCAAAGGAGUUACUUCAAAUACAGAAGCAUAUCACACUACAAGUUCCACCGCAGCGGCACAACGGAAAAGUAUCAGCAAUUUGUCAGAGCGUGGUGAAUAUAUAAGCAAUUCGACUCAAAGCGCAGACAGGAAGAGUAUCAGCUCAAUGCACAGAUCGGCUAGAGACAACACAGCUGUUACAUCUCAGCACACUGAAAGUGUCGAUACUCGACGUCAACAAAGACGGGACGGGCAAUCCACGUUUGUUACAGAGCGACAACCUCGUGUCGUAAUAAAAGAUAAUCUACGCGUUGGCGGUGAGUUCUAUGGUCAAUCAGAAGCCCGGUAUGGAAGCUUUUCUAAAUCGCAACAUUCUCAAAAGAUUGACCGAUCCGAACAUAUCGAGAGAGUUGAGCGACACUCGCGACACGGAUCUAAUUCACAUUUCGUUCUCGGAGAUGGGAGUGGAACAAGCUAUAAACAAGAAUUUAGAGGCCACGUUCAUGGAACGUGUCCAGCAACGUUGUUAGAAUCUACGCGGACUCCGUUCAAGCACUCUCGUGAUUCUCGGGAACACAAGUUCUACACUGAAAAAAUAACAGAGAAAAAAUCGUUAUCGUAA